CAGGGCAAAACAUUAACAACGUAUAAUAUUUGUAAAGUUUUUCUUUUAAUAUUUUAAAUUUAUAAUGUCUAGUAAAAUUUUCGCUAAGGUAAAUAAAGUUCAGUUUCAAGACCAACAGUUAGACGACUAUGUUCUCGAGAAUUCUGUUAUCAAAAGUAAACUUCAAAGUAAAAUUGAUGCCCUCUCUAUUAUGACUAAAGAAUUGGAUAAAUGUAGCAUGGAAAGAGAUAGAUAUAAAUUGCUAGUUGAACAGUUGAAGUGCAAAAAAAGUGUUCAAGAUAAUACAAACAGUCACGACAGAUUUGCGCCGACUAAUACAAUAAGUGGCAGUGAGAUUUUGGCAAGAACAAAAGAGCAGAAUAACCUGCUUAAAUUGGAGAUUGAAACACUUAAAAGCAAAUUGGAUGAGGCCAAUGGUGAUAUACUAGCAUUGAGGAAACAAAUGCAAAAGGGACAAAGUUUUGAUGAGCAAAAUGAAUAUAAAGCCUUUUCCACAUCUAAAACGGAUUAUGAACAAUUGGUGCAAGAAUUAGAAAAAAUUAAAAAGAAGUAUCAGCAAAUACAACUUGAUUAUAGAGCCACAUUAGACGAGAAAGAGGAGCUGGUGUCAGAUCGUGACUACUACAAGAGUAAGGUGCAGCGCUUGAACCACCAAAUAAGCUACAUUUUAUCUAAUAGAGUGAAGAUGCAAACAGAUGAACAGGACAGUCCUAAGCAAAUUGUCGAUAUUGAUGCAUUGAUUACUGAAAAUAAAUAUUUACACGAAAGAAUAACACAGCUGCAAGUCGAAAAAGAAAUUGUCAAAAGAACUUUGACAAAGUAUAAGAUUCUUCUAGACAAUAGGAGUAAAAAUGAACCAUUCAAUAUUAAAAAGGGGUUUGCAGAUGUAAUAACCCAAAAGCAAGUGAGGGAACUUUUGGAUAUAAACUCCAAGACAGGUUUAAAAAGAACCUCGGCUGCAGAGCUCAAGUCUUUAUGUUUGGGACUAUUUGAAGCUUUGAAUGACAAAUCGAUUGCACUCCAACAUCAAAGGAAAACUAAUCAAAUACUGGCCAAUAGGAUAACAGAUUUGGAGAAAACAUUAGAGAACUGGUGUAAUGGUCAAAAGUGUGUACCAAUUUUUCCAUCUCAAAUGUUAAUGGAAGAGUUCCCCAAUGAUUCAGGAUCAGUCAAAUCUGAUGAAUCUAAAGAAAAAUCGGAAAAGGAAAUGUAUGAAAAUAAUUAUAUCAACAAGAUCAAAUAUACUGACAGCGACGAAGAGUUGAACAAAAGCAAAGAAGAUUUAUCUAGUUCGAGUUUUGAAAAUGGGAGUGGUGAUCACAGAUUGUCAUCAAAAAUAGUUCUGCCGCAAGAAUUAGAAGAUUUAGUAAAGGAAGCCCUCGCAGCACUGAAAUCUGUUCAGUGAUCCGGAUAACUGUUACUUCUCUAGAGUUUAUGAUGGAUUUUAGUGUUGGACAAAAUUUUAAUCACUUCUAUAUCAUGACAUUGAUAUAACUUAUAUUAAAAUAAAACUAUUGGCAAUUAAGAAAAAAAUAAGGUCUGAUCCACACAUCCACAAGAGCCACAAUGGUUUUAUGAAUAGAUUUACUUUUUGUAAAUAUUGAGAUUGCAGGUUCAAUAGUGGGCAAGCACUGCUGUAGAAUAAGCUCCAAAUCUCAACCGAAGACCGAUUUUCCCGGUCGGAUAUAUUUACGGCCUGUUAUUUUUAACUGCUUAGAAUACAAAGGUAGCCUAAAACCUGAACUAAAAGUUUAAUUUAGUAUAUUUUUUUUAUUAUAUGUUUGUAUAGUUAUUAUUUUCUAGUUAGUCAAUUCCACCAAACAACCUCCCUAAGGAAAUGAUCCCUAUGAGCUCAUUGGUUCACGUUAGACCUUCAUUGGCUAAUCUCAUCGGAUUGUCUUAUAGACUCGGAAACGUUCUAAGAAAUAUAUACCUCCUCCUGUUAUUUGAUGAUGACAACGAUUAAAUUUUUGUAUAUGUGGACUAUAUAUAGAUAUAUGAUUUACUUAUGUGGACAGUUGGUACGAUUACUAUCUUUCAAAAAAUCUGGGAAGUUGGCAAAAAAAGUUAAUUAAAGUUCACAUUAUUUAACGGUUUCGGGAUCUCAAUAAGAUUUAUCAAAGUAAA